CAACACUAGCAGGACCACCCCCCCCCCCCCCCCCGGUUUUUUUGUAACCCUUCAGUGGGGCUACCCCAUCGUUUUAUUUUAUUUUUUUACUCCCCCCCCCCCCCUUUUCUUUCUUCAGUUAAGCGAACCUUCUCCGGACAUGCCUAACAUCGUGCUUUUUAGCGGGAGCUCCCACCACGACCUGUCCCAGAAAGUGGCCGACCGCCUGGGCCUGGAGCUCGGCAAAGUGAUCACCAAGAAGUUCAGCAACCAGGAGACAUGUGUGGAAAUCGGGGAAAGUGUGCGAGGUGAGGACGUGUACAUUGUGCAGAGUGGCUGCGGCGAAAUCAACGACAACCUGAUGGAGCUGCUAAUCAUGAUCAACGCCUGCAAGAUUGCCUCAUCGUCCCGCGUCACCGCCGUCAUCCCCUGCUUCCCCUAUGCCCGGCAGGACAAGAAGGACAAGAGUCGAGCACCCAUAUCGGCCAAGCUGGUGGCGAACAUGUUGUCUGUGGCCGGCGCCGACCACAUCAUCACCAUGGAUCUGCACGCCUCACAGAUCCAGGGCUUUUUUGACAUCGCGGUGGACAACCUGUAUGCAGAGCCCGCAGUUCUGCAGUGGAUCAGAGAAAACAUCCCAGAGUGGAAAAACUGCAUAAUCGUGUCUCCAGAUGCCGGCGGAGCAAAACGGGUGACGUCCAUCGCCGACCGUCUGAACGUGGACUUUGCCCUCAUCCACAAAGAGAGGAAGAAGGCCAACGAAGUGGACCGCAUGGUGCUGGUGGGUGACGUCAAGGACCGCGUGGCGAUCCUCGUGGACGACAUGGCCGACACCUGCGGCACCAUCUGCCACGCUGCCGACAAGCUUAUUGAUGCUGGAGCGGUCAAGGUCUACGCAAUCCUCACGCAUGGCAUAUUCUCUGGUCCGGCCAUCUCUCGCAUCAACAGCGCCCCGUUCGAGGCCGUGGUAGUGACCAACACCAUCCCACAGGAAGAGAAGAUGAAGGCGUGCCCGAAAAUACAGGUCAUCGACAUCUCUAUGAUCCUGGCGGAGGCAAUCAGAAGAACCCACAACGGCGAGUCCGUGUCCUACCUCUUUAGCCACGUACCCUUGUAAAGGACCGGAGAGGGGACGGCCCUGGGCCCUCUGUCCGUCCCCACAUAUCCUCCAACAAUGCCCGAGAAGGCCCUGCUGUUUUUUGGCCAAUUACCGGUGACAGUUUAAAGGUCACGCCCACACAUUGUCUUUGACAUUUUCACCCAGGAGACCGAGCGAAAUAUCACUUCCUCCUCUGAAGACUAAGUUUGUAUUUAUGAGCAUCUCUUUUCUGUUUUAUUUUUUCAUUUUAUUUGCAGUCUUGCCAACGUUGAACAGAAGAGGCCUGGCCUUCACUUUAACCAAAUGGUCCAUGUUAUGUAACAGUAGUGUAUUAUUUGAACCUCACUUUAAAAAGAAGCAUUCCACUACGACGUCAUGCGGUUUCAAAUAUUUUGACACUUGCUGCUCUCCAAAAUAAUAAAAGUAGUGAAAAAAGGAAAAUGUGAUGAUGUUCACCUUUUCCCUCAGGUUUUUGCAGCUGCUAGUAGUAUUAAAAUAAUAGUUAUAGCCAAACCCUUUGACUAGCUAAAGCUCUAUGGAUUUUGAUUGGAAUAACAGUUUAUUCCCGGCUGCAUCCCAAGUAAAAUAGUGUUGAUGUGAUCACAAACUGAGCAAAAAGAGUCAAACUAGAAAACUUAACACUUGAUUUUCCCACUUCGAUUUCUUAUUAGUGAUUCUUACCGAAUUAAGUAUUUCAACGUCUCCCAAAAAGCUGCUGUCAUCCAGUGGUUUGCACACACUGCAUCCUUCUCCUCCUAAUACCUGCAACUGUGCUUGGGAAAAAAAUUAUAUAUGAAAAAUUAAAUGCAGCUUUCCCAACUCCCCGACGGUCUGUUGGUGAUUUUAAAGUGUCUAAUAGCGAGGAGGUGUGCUGGGGGCUUAGCCCACGUUCCAAAAGGUCAUGAAAAAGCAAAUUGAGCUCAAAGCUUGAUUUAUUUUGUUAAGAUUUCAAUCAUGAUUUCUCAUUUAAUAAAAGUCUUAAUUGUCACCAUGUAAUGGGUCACUUAUGUUCAAUGAGGCAGGUGUCACAGUUGGUGAAAAAGCAUGAAUACAUUUUUUUCUUUUUUUCUUUUUUACAUGUAACACCAUGAAUGUUUUUUCUUUGACAAUAAAGCUUUGGCAGACAUCUUCAAGAAA